CCCGUGUUGCAGCCUUCAGCAUGGAGCAGCUGAGUACGGCCAAUACCCUCUUUGCCUUGGAGCUGUUCCGCACCCUGAAUGAAAACAACGCCACCGGAAACAUCUUCUUCUCCCCCUUCAGCGUUUCUUCUGCCUUGGCCAUGGUCUUCCUGGGGGCCAGAGGCAGCACUGCAGCCCAGCUCUCCAAGACUUUUCAUUUCGACACUGUUGAGGACGUUCAUUCACGGUUUCAAAGCCUGAAUACUGACGUGAGCAAACGUGGAGCUUCUCACACUCUGAAACUUGCUAACAGAUUGUAUGGAGAGAAAACCUACAAUUUCCUUCCCGAGUUCUUAGCUUCAACCCAGAAAAUGUACGGUGCUGACUUGGCCCCUGUGGAUUUUCAGCAUGCCUCUGAGGAUGCAAGGAAAGCAAUAAACCAGUGGGUCAAAGGUCAAACAGAAGGGAAAAUUCCAGAACUGCUGGCUGUGGGCGUGGUUGACAACAUGACCAAACUUGUGCUGGUGAAUGCCAUCUACUUUAAGGGAAUGUGGCAGGAGAAAUUCAUGACACGGGACACAACCGAUGCUCCAUUCAGACUGAAUAAGAAAGACAUAAAAACGGUGAAGAUGAUGUAUCAAAAGAAAAAAUUUCCAUUCGGUUUCAUUCCGGACCUGAAGUGCAAGGUGCUGGAGAUGCCUUACCAGGGUGGAGAACUUAGCAUGGUCAUUCUGCUGCCGGAAGACAUUGAGGACGAGUCCACGGGUCUUAGGAAGAUUGAGGAGAAGUUAACUGUGGAAAAACUGCGUGAAUGGACCAAACGUGAGAACUUGGAGAACAUUGAUGUCCAUGUCAGACUGCCCAGGUUCAAGAUGGAAGAGAGCUACUUUCUUGACUCCAACCUCGGCCGCCUGGGAGUACAGGAUCUCUUUACCAGCAGCAAGGCUGAUCUGUCUGGCAUGUCAGGAUCCAGAGAUCUUUUCAUAUCCAAAAUUGUCCACAAGUCCUUUGUGGAAGUGAAUGAGGAGGGAACAGAGGCAGCGGCUGCCACUGCAGGCAUUGCUACGUUCUGUAUGCUGAUGCCCGAGGAAGAAUUCACAGUGGAUCAUCCAUUUCUUUUCUUCAUUCGGCACAACCCCACAGAUAACGUGCUCUUCCUUGGCAGGGUCUGUUCCCCAUAAAGAAAGAGACUUUAGGGAUACAAGCCAGGGCUUACAGUUUCAUUGCCUGAGAUUUUAAUAGUGAUUAUUUUCAUUUAUCCUUGCCAAUAAAACCUCUACCCAGAAACCAAUCUUUAGUUUCUUUUGUAU